CCCCGGCCUCUCCGCUGGGCACGGGACAGCGGCAGGCCGGAGCGCGGAGGGCCGAGGACUCGGCGCCCACCAGGCGGGGCUGCAUGAGGUCCCCGCGCGGCCAGCCCUUCUGGCUGCUGCUCCUGCUCGCAGCCGCCUGCGCGGGGAUCCUCCUCGUCCUGUACUCCUCGCCGGUGGAGCGGUUCCCGGGGUCCCAGUCCCGAGCCAGGGACAUCCAGCCUCACCAAGCAUUCUUCCAAUCCAAGGCAAGGCGUUCUGGGAACACAAAGAGCCGGCCCUGCCCACACCCGCUUGACCUGGCCAUUCUGAGGCACCAACGCUUCCGGAAACUGUUUGAUCUCUCCACUCCAGUGCUGCUGUGGGGGGGACUCUUCACCCCAGAGCUCUGGGACAACCUGAGACAGCAGAAGGGCCCCUAUGGCUGGCAGGGACUCUCACACCAAACCAUCGCCUCUACCCUGAGCCUUCUGAACAGCUCAGAGAAUGAAAGACUGUUUGCCGCCUCGGGGGGGCCCUCCCCAGACUGUAUUCGCUGUGCCGUGGUGGGUAAUGGAGGCAUUCUGAACGGGUCCCGUCAGGGUCUGCAAAUUGAUGCCCAUGACUACGUGUUCAGGCUCAAUGGAGCGGUGAUCAAAGGCUUUGAGCAAGAUGUGGGCACCAAGACCUCCUUCUAUGGUUUCACUGUGAACACCAUGAAGAACUCCCUCAUCUCCUACCAGAAUCUGGGCUUCACUUCUGUGCCACAAGGACAGGACCUGCGUUAUAUCUUCAUCCCCUCAAGCAUCCGUGACUACCUGAUGCUGAGAUCAGCCAUCCUGGGUGUGUCUGUCCCAGAGGGCCCUGACAAAGGGGACAGCCCCGGCCCUACUACCGCACCUAUCGCCGGAACCUCAGCUCCACCUUCUUCCCCUCGUUCUCCCCCUUGCCCUUCGACGGUUCCGGGCGCUCUGUCCACUUCUAUCGUGGGUCCUAGGCCUCGCACCUAUUUUGGACCGGAAGCCUCUGCCAGUAAAUUCAAACUGCUGCACCCAGAAUUCAUCAGCUACCUGACAAAGAGGUUUUUGAAAUCAAAAUUGAUUAACACAAACUUCGGAGACCUAUAUAUGCCCAGUACUGGGGCCCUCAUGCUGCUGACAGCUUUGCAUACUUGUGACCAGGUCAGUGCCUAUGGAUUCAUCACAAAGAACUACCAGAAAUAUUCUGACCACUAUUUCGAACGAGUAAAGAAGCCACUGAUAUUCUAUGCAAACCAUGAUCUGCCCCUGGAAGCCGUUCUGUGGAGAGACCUACAUAAGGCUGGCAUCCUUUGGCUGUACCAGCGCUGACCCCAAAGCACAAAGCCUUCUGCUUCUUGCAGGGCUGUGACCCUGGCCAAAAGCCCUCCCCCCUUUUUUUCAACCUUUGAGAAGGGGGUUCACUCCCCCUGACCCUCUACUUCCCAACAGAAGAUACUGAGGUGAACUCGUGACUGUUACUAAAAGGAGGGCACCCUAUCUUACCAUCUAAAGGAAAACCCUCUGGGUCUUAGACAUCCCACUUUGGUUAAAGGAAAGCAGACUGCUUUGCUGGAUUUGUUUCAAAAUUGAAGACAACAUUCCCAACAUCAGUGACCCUUACCAGCAAGAGGCAGGCACACCUUGGAGCUAAGCAACAGCCAACAGACUUAGAUCAAUGAUGCCAUUCAGGAUCCAUCAGUAACCAAGAUCAAGCCAGACAAGCAGGCAAACACACAAUCCCAGCCCCAACUCACCCCUAAUGGCAUGUCAUCCCCAAACACCAAAGCCACUCAACUGAGGACAUCUUAAGCACCUGAGACCAUGAUUUUUCUGCCCCCUGAUAAAGUGUAAGAGCAAAAGGCAAAAGUAAAACUCAAGACUAGGUUAACUGCAUAAAUGAAUGACCAUUUUGUCUUGUGCUGGGGGUUGGUAGAGAAAGUACAGAAGAUGCUGGUGUUCAGCACGAAGUUUACCAGAGUCCAAGAACAGGAGAUACUGGUGUUUGAUGGGGGUCAACUGCACAGAAGCCUGCCUGCCACCGCCACCAAUGCUGAGGAUCUUGUCACCAACAGGAUGACACUACUGGUCAUGAAACCUCAUCCUCACAUCAUGGCUUCAAUAAAUUUGAACCUAUCUAGCUCAUAA